CUAGAUUUUUCUGUAACCAAGGCAACAAAUUCGACAAUUACAACAGAUAGAACUAUGUUGUGACUGUUUGUGACCUGUUACCGAGUGUUUUAUGUCAGUACUGCGUAUGCAGUCGCUGAAAACAUGGCUGACUUUCGUAAGAAGUUACUAAUCAACAUAACAGGAAGUCAUUUGGGUUUCAUAAUCGAAGAAUCAACAUGGGAGAAAGACGUUCUGCAAAUGAACACACUCGAAGAAUUCCUCGAGAACGAAAACAAACUAUUACUCUGUGCGUGUUUAGAAAUCAAAGAAAACAACAAACGGAUAAAAUACUACGAUGAUGUAAUAGACUCCCCACAAAAUGGUCGUACAGUUGUGUUUUCUAAAUAUCGAAAAACCACACUCAGAGAUGAUAAUCUCCUACAAUCGAUCGAUAUCACAUCGAUGCAAGGUUCCCCUGCAUCUGCAUUAUAUCACACGCUGAACAAUGUCUACAGUCCUUUAAUAAUGAAAGGAAAUGGAAAUAAUCCCACAAUUGAGAAACACCUAUCAAAUUUACAAGCAGGACUCCGUGCUUCAUUAAUCACCGAAUUAGAAAGCGCGGAUAUAGGCGAAUCCGAUGAAGAUAAAACCGAAUCUCUUGCUAUGAUAUUAUCCGUUGAUCAAGAAGUUGAAUACUGGCAUAAAAUCACUGCAGUCAAGAAAAACCCAGGCGAUAAAACAACCGCAAGCGCAUUUCGUGACAUGUUGAUACCUCUGGCAAGAGAUUUAGCUGUUUUGGACGCUUUGCCAAUCUCAGACGUUGAAGACAUGCAAGAAAACAGUCAUAAUAUCCUGGAUGAUCUUUGGAGGCAUGAACCGCCAUAUCCAAAAGCACGUAUGGAACAUAUCAUGGAAAUAAUCAGUAAUGAUAUAGUUACCUACAUCACAAAACAAUUUAAAAAGGUUGAUAUUUGGAAGGAGGAGUAUAACACAGCUGUAGAACUUCUGGAACAAUGUCUGGGCAUUGGUAAACAUUGGUUAUCUUCAUGUAGGGAGCUAACAGAAAUCUUCUGGCCUAAUUAUUCGCUGCAUUACUGGCGUGGACCUCCAUUCGUCCCCGAAAAUCUAGCGAAUUUAGUCGAGAGAUUGUUGCAGAUCAAAGAAAUCCGCGCGACUCAUCGACAACUUACAAGAUUAUUAACAAAAGAAGAACAUGAUGAUCUAAAUUGUGACCAAAUGUUUACUCCGUUUGAGAAUUUCAACGCUUUGCAAUGUGGUGUCUACGCUGAACAAAGCUGGUCAACUGCUAAUAAACAAUUUGAAUAUUUAUUGAAACCCGCGGAGCAAACAGUGGCGAAUAAACUGAAAGAACAGUUUUCUUCUGUGAAAGCAAACACGAGGCAAUUAUUGUAUGAAUAUGGAAGAUAUGCGGAGCUAAUCUGUCGUCCAGUGUUGAAAAAUAUUCUACAAACUGAACGAAAACAUUUACUAUCCCUUUUGAGGGAUUAUAUUAAACUGCUGGUUAGUCAAAUGUCACAAACACCGAUGUUAUCCACAAAAUACGAAACACCGCAGGUUGUUGCCGAAAUAAUCGGGACCAGACAACUGGAAGCCAAAGCCAAUGAAGUUUUGACCAUAACACGAAAAAUUCUCAAUGAUUUAGAAAAUUUUAAGGAUCUAGAAAUGGGUACCAUCGAACUAAUGCGGGAUUUAAAAGAUCAACAUACAGAUCUCUACGAGGCAUGGACUUCGGAGAUUUUAGAACAAAUAAAAUCGCGGAAUUUGAGUUUGUGUGAAGAUGAUCCAGUCGUACAAUUCACACCGAAUAAAUUAAUGCGUGUGAAUUAUUCUCCGAGAUUAGUCACGUUGAUCUCGGAAGUUCGACAAUUGACUACCUUGGGAUACAAUAUACCGGAAGCCAUUGUUACUACGAGUAACCACGCGAAGCAAUUCAUGAACUACGCCAAGUAUUUGGAGCAAAUCGCACAUUUUCACAACACUAUCGGAGAUAUCAUGAUACAAAGUCAAAGACCAAUGAUGUUACCAAGCGCGAUUGCUCUGUCAAAACUCGUACAGGAACAGGAAGUCGUCUCCUGGGGUGAUAUCAAAUCAGUUGAGACGUAUGUACAGAAUUUAAAAGACGCCGUUGAUAAAUUAUCAAAAGAAAAUAACAUGCUGACCAGUUAUAAUCUGCAAGUUAUAGAACUGAUUGAUAAGUUACGAGGAGUUGAUUUGAUUAAAUACUACGAGAAAUGGCGCCUGACUGCGAAAAUCCUCAGGGAUAUCAUGCACCAAGUUCAACAGAAAGGUUUCGUGGCAUCUGCAAUGCUUCAAUGGAAACAGGACAUCGAUAAACGUCUUGCAAAAGUCUUAGAAGAACAGUACAUCAAAAGUUUGGAUACUGUGCAUCUCUACAUGCCGGAAAUCAACUGUGAUUUGAUUUAUCGUGAUGGUAAACUUAAGUUUUCACCGGAGGAGAAGGCCCUGCGAGAGAAAUAUGAACAUCAAAUGAAGGAAUCCUUGGAUAUUCCGAAAAAAUUCCGAGGAGUGUGCGAAACCAAUGAGGUUUUUGUAGAAAUUAUAGAAACCUGUAAGUCACAAUUGGAAAAGGUUCAAGGUAAUACAGAGAAGUUGUUUGAGCAACUACAGGGUGUUAAAAAACACUGGCAAGCAUGGUUGACUCUAGAUAAAUUGGAUGUGAGUAAAUUAAGCACUUGGCAAGACUGGGAACUGCAUUUCCGAGCGUCGAAGACUUUCGGACAGGAAAUAGCGAAAUUACCGAGUGAAGAGGAGAAAAUUGGAUGUUUCAAAAUUGGUCUAUCAUGGCUACGAUCAGAUUUAGAAUCACAUAAUCGUAGUUAUUGGGAUCAACUUGUAAACACCUUGAAAGAUUCAAUCGCGCAGGAUGUUGUUAAACUACAAGAUUACGUAGAUGCUUCAACAGGGACUUUAAAUCGCCAACCUUUGACUUUGGAACAGAUUGGGGAGGCGGAUGCUUCACAUGCGGAUAUUCUCAAUCAAAAACCCGAAAUGGAAGCUUUGCACAAGGAAUUAAUGCAAAAAGUCCACAUUUUAUCAUCGUGGAAUCGUGAACGUAUCGAUGCAGUCAACAGAAUGCAAGCUGGCUGGGACCGAUUGCAAAACCUGAUGGAAAACUACCAACAUAUUAUCUCCAAACAAGUGGAAACCAUCAAAACCACUUUAACGAUUGCCAGUGAAAAUCUAAACAAUGAAAUUGAACGAUUUGGCGCAAAAUGGGAUCAAGUCAAACCAAGACCAAAUUCUGGUCAAAUAAACACCGAAAGUUUAGAAGAACUUAACAAACAUUAUCAGGAUAUUAAAGAAAAGAAGGAACAGUGGAAGGAAUUGACCGAAAGACAAACGAAAAUCUUACAAGAUUUUGCUAAAUUCGGUUUGGAAACACCCAGUUUUGAUCAAACAGAAGAAAUAGAUAAAGAUUUGAAUAAAGAAGAAAGUGAUUGGGCGCAAUUUGCUGAGUUUUAUCAAGGUUUGGAGGCUUUAUCCAACGAGGAGUGGAUUGUCUUCAGGAGGAAAUAUUAUAAACUGCAAGAUUUCCUAAGUGAAUGGGAAGGAAAACUCCAAGGAGAAGAAAAUUCGCCUUUAAUUACCCGAGUUCUACAAGAAAUUCAUAAAUAUCAAUCAGCUGCGCCUGUUUUAAAGAGUUUAAAAGGCGAAGAUUUCACGGAUAAACACUGGUUGGAAGUCUAUGAUGUUUUGGGAAUCAUGCCGAAGAGUAUAGAUGUUUUGGCAUUGAAAGAUUUCCUCCGGAUAUCUGAUAGAUUAGUAGAAAAACAAAAUCAACUGCAGGCGAUUUGUAAGAAAGCAGCUAGUGAAAUUAUUGUGCGUCAAACUUUAGCGGAAUUAGACCAAUGGGAUGUGCAAGCGAAAUUUCAAUUUACGAAGCAUACAGAUUCGAAAAACAAAGAGGUUUUGUUGAUAAAAGACUUCAAAGAACAUUUAAGCAAGAUUGGUGAUCAUCAAAGUUUACUUCAAUCUGUGAAGAACUCCGCUGAUUAUGAAGCGUUUGCUGGACGUGCAGACGUUUGGGAGACACGAUUAACUGACCUAGAUGUAUAUCUAACUCAAAUGGGUCAAAUCCAAAGAAAAUGGAUUUAUUUAGAGCCUAUCUUCGGCAGUGGGACUUUGGCGAAUGAAAAAUCACGUUUUGAUAAAUUAGAUCGCGAAUUCCGCGGGGUUUUAACAUCAAUCGAGCGUGAUUCUAGAGUUUGUGCGAUUUUACGCUAUCCGAAUUUUCGUGCAACCCUUGCUAAUAUCUCCGAACAAUUAUCACGCUGUCAAAAAGGUUUGGAUGACUUCCUAGCGGAGAAACGCGAUAAAUUCCCGAGAUUUCUCUUUUUGGGAGACGAUGAUCUCCUGGAAGUUGUCGGACAGUCUUCAAAGGAACACGUAAUACAAUCGCACCUUAAAAAGUUGUUUGCUGGUAUCCACAGUACGGUUAUAGAUGAAACCGGGAAGAAUAUCACUGCAAUUAGGUCAUUACAAGGUGAAACAGUGCAGUUGUUGCAAUGUAUUAAUAUUAAUCAACCGGUGGAGUUGUGGUUGAAUCAGUUGGUGAAAGAAAUGCAAAAUACUCUUCAAGCGCUGCUUGUGCAAUGUUUAGCUGAUGGUAAAUCACCGGAUCCGUUGAAAUAUCCAUCGCAGAUUCUGUGUCUAGCUGCGAGUAUACAUUUUACGAAUAAAUGUGAACAAGGGAUCACAUCAAUGGGUUUACAACAAUUGCUAGGCACUUAUAAAUCCCAGUUAAAAUAUUACAGUGAUGUUGAUGUUGGUACCGACCCAGAAUCAUCUCUACAAUCAAUGGGAAAUGAAUCAGAAUCAAAUCUAUUGGAAAUCAAACUGAAAGCACUUUUACUAGACACUAUCCAAUAUAUUGAUAUAAUUGAGAUGUUGAUUGAUACGCAUUGUACGAAAUUAACCGAUUGGCAAUGGCAGCAACAGCUAAGGUUCUACGCAACUAGUUCCGGAGUGGUUACCAUUAAAAUGGUCAAUGCCCAAAUGGAAUAUUCCUAUGAAUACAUCGGAAACGCACAGAAAUUAGUGCGUACACCACUUACAGAGAAGUGUUUCUUGACUUUAACACAAGGUAUGCACUUGGGUAUGGGUGGAAACCCAUAUGGACCCGCUGGUACCGGAAAAACAGAAUCUGUCAAAGCCCUGGGAGGUCUUUUAGGAAGACAAGUCCUAGUAUUCAACUGUGAUGAAGGUAUUGAUGCCGCUUCAAUGGGCAGGAUAUUAUCGGGGUUAGUACGAAGUGGUGCCUGGGGAUGUUUUGAUGAAUUUAAUCGUCUUGAUGAAGCAACCCUAUCAGCUAUAUCCAUGUAUAUCCAACCAAUUCAAAGUGCGCUGAGGACCCAUUCCAAAACCGUGACAUUAAUGGACAAAGAAAUUCAAGUAAAUACCCAUUGCGGGAUCUUUGUAACCCUGAACCCUGCUGGAGGUGGAUAUGGUGGUCGUAAUAAACUCCCAGAUAAUCUCAAACAACUUUUCCGGCCUGUGGUCAUGACCCACCCUGACCAUGAGCAAAUUGCUCGUACUCUACUACACUGCGAUGGUUACCAACAAGCAGAUGUCAUCGGACGUAAACUAAUCGAACUGUUUUCAUUGGCUAGUAAAUUAUUAAGCAAACAACAACAUUACGAUUGGGGUUUGAGAGCCCUUCGAACUGUCCUAACCGGAUGUGGACGAGCAAUCAAAGAAUACAAACGCCAGAAUAAAAUCACACCGGAUGUAGAAUUUGCUCUGGUCAUCAAUGCAACACGGCUGGAUACAUUAUCGAAAUUAACUUACAACGACGCAUUUAUUUUUGAUAAUUUACUCAAAGAAAUCUUUCCCAAAAUAGAAACACCUGUAACUUCAAAUGAUCCCAACAUGAUCAAAGCCCUGCAUGAUUCUUUUGGAGAGUUAAAAUUACAGGUGAAUAAAAGACAAGUUGCAAAAUGUAUGGAACUCUAUGAGCAGUUGAGACAACGUAUGGGUGUCGCCUUGGUAGGACCCCCACGAUCCGGAAAGACCACAAUCAGAAACCUCCUGGUAACUGCUUUGUGCAAGCAAGGAAAAACAAUCAAACAACAUGUUUUCAACCCGAAAGCCAUGCCAAGGACACAACUCCUUGGACAAAUUGAUAAUGAUACCAGACAAUGGACUGAUGGUGUCCUGACCCAAUAUAGUCUAGAGGUAAUCAAUGAACCCUUGGAUGUUUUAUCAUUUAUAGUUUGUGAUGGGGAUAUAGACCCCGAAUGGGUAGAAUCAUUAAAUUCUGUUAUGGAUGACAAUAGAUUACUAUCCCUACCAUCAGGUUGGAGGGUCCAGUUUGGUCCCAAUGUGAAUUUUAUGUUUGAAACGCAUGACUUGAGUAAUGCAUCACCUGCGACCAUCAGCCGCAUGGGGAUUGUAUUCCUAAGUGAAGAAGAUGUGGAAUUACAAGGAUUCGUAGAGACUUAUCUUGAUGAUUAUAGCGAAGAAAGCGAAGGGUUGAUAUCUACAUUCAUCGAAGAUUAUUUCUACAACGCUAUGGAAUGGGUUGUAAACCAAGGAGAGCUUGUAAUACAAACCCCGAAGAUAUCCCUAGCAAAAACAGCUUUAACACUGGUAAAAAACACGAAAAACAAAGAAGAAUUCAUUGUGAAUUUGGUAAACUCCCUGGGAGGUCAAUUAGAAGUUGAUUUCCGGGAGGUUUUCGCUCAGCAAAUGUUCGAAAACGCUGUGGUUAACAUCCCCUCACAUCCUGCGAUGGCUUUCUAUGAUAAACAAAGAAAUAUCGUGGAUUCUUACGCUGGGAAUAUUCAAAACAUCGAAAUUUUGGAGAAUAAUAAAAUCCCGCUUAUCCUCACCGGACAAAUUCAACAUUCUCUUGGGGUUAUCAAGCAAUGGUUCGAUCAAAAUGGCGAACACAUACUCAUUGUAGGACCGCACGGCUCUGCCAAAACAUUAUUAAUCGAAAAAAUCCAUGAAAUUACUUCAGAACCUCGAAAUCUAGCCGUAAUUCAUUGCAGUGCAAAUGUAACACCGCAAUAUGUGAUCCACAAAAUAAUCCAGUAUUGCCUGGUAGUGAGCAGCAGCCGCGGAAAAAUCUACCGUCCCAAACGCGGCCACCUCACACUGUUCCUCAAGAAUCUUCACCUGUUAAAGGCGGAUAAAUGGGCCACCAAUAUGCUGACUGCGUUCUUACAACAGCUAAUUGCGUAUAGUGGAUUCUUCGACGCCAACUUGGAAUGGGUUUUCGUGGAGAAUAUCACCGUGGUUGGGACUUUGGCGAAUCAGAAUCAUUUAUCAACGAGGUUUACAUCGCUUUUUAAUGUUUUUAACGUCGAUUUACCGGAAGAUGAUGAUGUUAACAGUAUUUUCACUGCUUAUAUGUCGGCCAUUUUGAAAAAAGCAAACGUAAAUGGUACUUGGUCCAAACAAAAGAUUAGUAAACUCACAGCGACGUUGAUAAAAGUUUACAACGAGACAAAAAAUCAGUUCUCCGAAGUGAGCAAACGGCAUUACGUUUUCAGUCCACAUGACUUAACACUAUGGUGCAAAGGAAUUCUGCGUUAUAAACUAAUGUCAAACGAUAUAGAAACAAUCCUCUUGGAAGUGAUAUGCAAUGAAGCAUUGAGAAUAUUCCACGAUAGACUUGUAACCAGUGAAGAACGGAUUCAAUUCAAAGAAAUUCUCAAUCAAAUUGUGUCGCAAGAAUGGAACAAACCGAAUAUUCUCGGGGUAGCCGCCGAUAAUUAUUUUGUUGCGGCUUCGGUAAAUAAUAGAACUCAUGCUGCUUUGACGAAAUUAAACGCUGAUGAUUGGAGUACGAUCGUAAAGAAAGGAAUAAUUCAAUAUGAAAGAGAAGGUUAUUCAUUGGAUAUUGAAAUAAUCCCUGAGCUUUUACAUCUAACAGCAACUUUAAGCCGUGCGUUGACAUGUCCAGGUGGACAUUGUCUUCUUGCAGGUAAUUCAGGCGUGGGAAGACGUUCAGCGGUGAAAAUUAUUUCCGUAAUGGAAGGCGCAAAGUUAAUAACACCGAUUGGAAGCGAAAAUAAUCAAUUUAAAAAUGAUUUGAAAGCAGCUAUUCAUACGGCUGCUAUUGAUGGUGAACAAGUUUAUUUAUUAUUAGAAGACCAUAUUCUAAAUAAUAAUAACAAUAAUAGUGUGUUAAACAUGUUAAACAUACUUUUAUCUUCUGGGGAAGUCCCAGGAUUGUUUAAUAACGCAGAAUUGGAUUCGCUUAUUUCCGGGUUGAAGGAUGAAGCAGGCAGGACUGAUUUUGAUGGGAAUUUAUACGAAUUUUUCGUUGAAAGAACUAAAAAUAAUAUGCAUAUUUUGAUCUGUAUGGAAAUCCAGAAUACAAAUUUCUGGAAAAUAUUAGAAAAUUGCCCCGCAAUUCUUCAAAAAUGCACACAAAUCUGGUUAAAUGAAUGGUGCAAAGAAACGAUGAAAAUAAUCCCGAAAUUAAUCAUUAAAAAACAAAAUGAAAAGUCCAAAGAUGAAAAAAUCGAAAUUUCCAAAUACUUCACAGACAUAGAACAGGUUGUCGAUGAAAAACUCUCAAGUCCUUUCCGUUAUGUCAACAUGAUCAACUCGUAUAUAAAAAUUUACAAAGAUAAACAAAAGAAUUUGGUAGAUGUACAGAAAAAAUUAAAAGGUGGCACUUCGAAAUUAACCGAAGCGGGAGAUGUCGUAGCGGAUUUGAAAAUAAAAGCCGCCGAACAACAAGAAAAACUCGCCGAGAAGCAAAAAUCAGCGAAUAAAGCACUCGACAUGAUCAGCAACACAAUGAAAAACGCGAAUGUAAAAAAAGAACAAAUGGAAGUGUUAAAAGUCCAAACCGAACAAGAAAACAUCCAAUUAGUCAAGAGAAAAAAAGAAAUCGAACUAGAACUUGCGGAAGUAGAACCGCUGAUACAAGAAGCAAGAAACGCGAUUGGAAACAUCAAAUCAGAAGCAUUAUCGGAAAUACGUUCGCUACGUGCUCCACCGGAAGUUAUCAGAGACAUCCUUGAAGGAGUCCUGCGAUUAAUGGGAAUACAAGACACUUCCUGGAAUAGUAUGAAGACUUUCCUUGCUAAACGCGGCGUUAAAGAAGAUAUACGCGCUUUCGAUGCCGGGAGAAUAACAUCAGCGAAUCGUGAAGCUGUGGAAAAAUUAAUCGCGAAUAAACACGACUCUUUUGAGGAGAAAAACGCGAAAAGAGCUUCUGUGGCAGCUGCACCUUUGGCUAGUUGGGUGAGUGCUAAUGUACGAUAUUCAAAAGUCAUGCAGAAAAUAAAACCACUGGAAAAUGAACAAAACAAGUUAAAAGAGAAUUUAUCCGAAGCAGAAUCACAAUUGAGUAAUCUAAGCGCCGGGUUAUUAGAUGUAGACGCAACUGUAGAUCAACUAAAGAAAGAAUUAGCAACAUUUACGCGUGAAGGCGCAGAAAUUGAGAUCAAAUUGAACGCAGCGCAGGAAACUCUACAAUCCGCCGAGGGAUUAGUUGGGAAAUUGAAUGAUGAAUACGAGCGAUGGCAAAAACAGUUGAAGGAACUUGAAGUGGAUCUUAAACAACUCCCGACGAAUUGUUUACUAGCUGCAGGGUUUCUGAAUUAUUUAUCUGGAGAAUCAGAAGAUGUCAGAAAGAAUAUUUUGAGUGAAUGGUUAAAUAUUGUAAAGGAUGAUUUAAGUGAUUUCAUCCUCGAAGACUUUUUGAGUACAGAAAGAGAACAAAUGCAAUGGCAAAGCGAUGGAUUGGCUACGGAUCAAUUAUCGAUUCAAAACGCGAUUAUUAUCAACGAGGCAAAAAUGUGUCCGUUUUUAAUCGAUCCCACAUCGAUGGGUAUCAACUGGAUGAAGAAUCGAUAUAAGAAUAAAAGUUUUGAGGCAACCACACAGAUUUCCCCGAAAUUUAACACAUCUUUAGAACUUGCUAUUCGAUUUGGUAAAGUGUUUCUUAUAGAAGAAGUCGAAACAAUUUCCUCUGUAUUAUUCUCGUUGUUACGUAAACAAUUCAUUCAACAAGGCGAGAGGACUUUGAUAAACCUCAAUGGAAAACAAAUCGAUUACAAUAAAGAUUUUCAACUGUUGUUGAGUAGUCGUAAUGCUAAUUUACAACUGCCUGGAGACCUGAGAGCAAUUAUCAAUAUAAUAAAUUUCACAACAACUCGCGCUGGAUUAACCGAACAGUUAUUAAUCAGUGCUAUUAAACAAGAAAGUCCUGAACUUGCAGAAAAACGUAAAAAUUUGCUCAGACAACGCGAAGAGUUGCAAGAAAAACAGCAUAAGUUACAAACGCAAUUAUUAGAAGAUUUGGCUAAUUCCAAAGGAAAUAUUUUAGAGAAUAAAAACUUAUUAGCGUCGUUAAAUGAAACCAAAGCCAGUUCUGUGGCGAUUUCUCAAGCGCUGAGUGAAUCAUCGCUUGUUCAAGAGAAGUUAAUGCAAGAAUAUGAUGUUUAUAGAGAAAUAUCGAAUUUUGGAAGUGCUUUGUACUUCGGAGCAAGAGAAUUCUUGAAAACUAAUGUUAUUUAUGCAUUAUCCGUGGCUUCUUUCACGAAUUUAUUCUUAAGUUCUUUGCCUACAAUGGAAGGUCUUCAGAGUACGGAAAAUUAUCGGCAUAAAAUAUUAAUACAAUCUUUGUAUCAGUACAUGGGCAGAGGCAUUUUUAAAAGUGACAGAUUAAAAUUCCUCCUGCAUUUGGUUCAUAAAAUGUUUCCUGAGCAAAUACCUACUGAAGAGUGGAAUCUUUUAAUUGGUAACGUAUUGAUUACAAAUCGUCCUGAGACGUCGAAAAAUCGCGAAUCUGUGCCUGCAUGGAUUGCAGAUCAUUCAACUUCAAAAGUUUCUUUACUACAAUUGGUGCUUAAAAAUAUUUAUGUUUCUUUGGACCUGGACAAUGAAAUGUUGUGGAAGGACUUUAUGCAGAGUCCAAAAUGCGAAGCAAAUUUCCCGAAACAUUGCAAACUGACAGAAUUUCAGAAAGUUUUGGUUGUACAAGCACUGCGCACUGAUAGAUUAUACAGUGCGAUGACACAAUGUGUUUUACACCUCACGGGUAUGAAUAGUUUUAACCUGGAAGUUUUGCAAUUGUCGCAAAUUUACAAAGAAUCUACGUCUAUACAACCGAUUUUAUUGAUUACUACAUCUGGAAAUGAUCCUUCUAACGCAAUAAGAGAAUUAGCCAUGAAAGAAAUGAACGGUGAUAAAUAUGUUGAGAUGAGUAUGGGUGAAGGACAAGAAAACAAAGCCAUAACAACUCUUCAGGAGACAGCCCAGAGUGGAAAAUGGUUGAUUUUGAAAAAUCUCCAUCUUGUGACUGGGUGGUUGCCUAACUUGUGUCAAAAUCUACAAGAAAUAAACGCAGCUCCCACUUUUAGAUUAUGGUUGGUGACCGAAGCCCAUCCAAACUUCAGCUCAGUCCUUGCCGAAAACUCUUUAAAAUUAGCUUAUGAAGCCCCGUGGGGAUUCCGAAACAAUUUAUUCAAAAUAUUCACAAAUUACGGUAAUAGUUUCGUGCAGAAGCUAAACACAAUGGCGUCGCGGAUAUUUUUCGUCCUCGGAUUAGUUCACGCAAUUUUACAAGAACGAAGAAGUUAUAUUCCGCAAGGAUGGUCAAAAUGGUACGAAUUUAGUGAUGUGGAUUUAUCAAGUAUGGUGAAAUUAAGUGAAGAACUCUGGGAGAAUGCAAGUGCGCAUAAUAUGCAAUGGAAAUAUUUAAUCGGAUGGGCUGUGAAUGCAGUUUACGGAGGACGUAUAGAAACCGAGGAUUUGACCAUUCUAGAAGCUUGUGUUAAGCAAUAUUUCACUGAUGAAGUGUUAAGUCAUCGGUGGAAACCCCUGGGGAUAUUGAAUUCACCGUCGACUUCAAACUUUCAAGAUUAUUUGAAUUUUAUAACACAUAUUCUUAAAGAUGUGCCUGUAUUUUUUGGUUUACCAGAAAAUGUGGAUAGGGCAUGGGAAAGGAAUACUUCUGCGAGUGUUAUACAAUAUUUAAAAAGUAUUUUUCCAAAAAAUUUUCAGGAAAAAACAAAAAUUCAAAUUUUUAAUAAAAACCUACAACUCUACGUCGCCCUUUGGAAAAAAGUAAACCACGGACACGAAUUUAUCCGAACACCUUUACCCUCAACAUCUCACAAUAAAAUCGACUAUACUCUUGAGACAUUUAUCAGUGAAGAAUUACGUUUUGCUUUGACAACUAUACAAACCCUACACAAAUGUUUCUCAUUUCUAAAUAAAAUGGCAAAAGGGCAGAUUUUCGGAGAUGAAAAAUGUACGAAAAUUAGCGAGGAAUUACUAAGUUUCAAGACUCCUGCAUCCUGGUUGAAACUUUGGAACGGCCCUAAAGAACCAGCAAAGUAUCUUAAAGACCUAAUAAACAAAACAAUCACUGUUUCGCAAUGGAAUGAUAAUCCCGCCACGUAUUACCAUCAUCCAAUGGACAUAUCGCAGUUAUUCAAUGCGGAAACUUUCCUCAGCGCGUUCAAAAAACAAUUCGCGAGUUCCAAACACCUUGCAAUUGAUGAAUUGGAACUUAAGUCACAUUGGAAACCUAAGGACGGUUCUGUUUGCCUCACGGGUUUGCACAUUGAAGGUGCGCUUUUUGACGGAAUUAAUUUAUUACCGACCAGUGCAAAUUCAAACAGUAUUAAUCCAACACCAGAUGUUUAUAUUACAUGGGAAGAUAAGAAAAAUGAAGUUGAUGAUCGUACACUACAGGUACCUUUAUACUACGCAUUGGAUCGCGAGAAAUUGCUAACGAAAUUACAAGUUCCCUGCAGUAACAAAGAACAACUGCAAUGGAUUCAAGCUGGUGUUGCUUUCUUUCUGCGUGAUUAAAUCUAUUGCACUUACCUUGUGAGUUUGUUUGAUGAAUAACUACGAUUUGAAUAAACAA